AUGAGCGCAACAGAUAGACCGAAUUUCUUGUCACAACCAGUUGUAAAAAACAUUUUUGUCUAUCGAAACGGAGAUCCUUACUACGACGCGCGACGCCUGGUUAUCAACGAGAAACGGGUGUCCAACUUUGAGACUUUGCUGCGAGAGGUAACUGGUGGCGUGAAAGCUCCUUUCGGGGCGGUGAGGAAUAUUUACACGCCCAAAGAGGGACACCGGGUGGCUUCUCUGGAACACCUGCGGAACGGAGAGCAAUAUGUCGCGGCUGGCCGAGAGAAGUUCAAGAAACUGGAUUACUUGCAGAUUGGUGAAAGGAGGAGAAGAAUACAACAGGGCAAUGGUGUGGCCAAGCCGAUGCCUCCGAAUCGCAUCAUUGUCUCAGCACGCUUCCUCAAACCCAUCAAAGAGCCAUGUGCCAUUUUUGUGAUAGCUAAUGGAGACCUGCUGAACCCCGCGUUGAGGCUGCUGAUCCCGCACAGGAUUGUGGGUCAGUACGAGCGUAUCCUGGAGAUGAUCACCGAGAAAAUGGGCCUCAGGAUCCUUGGUGGAGUCCGUAGCUUGUACACCCUGGGAGGGACCCUGGUCUCAGAAGGCAAGGACCUGGAGGCCGGUCAGCUGUACGUAGCCGUUGGCCGAGAGAAGUUCAAGAGGCUUCCGUACGACGACCUCCUCUUCACCAAACCCACGGGCAUCAAGAGGGUCUUUGGAUCCAAAGCGUUGUCCUUGCCACCCAUCUCAAGGUUAAGGAAACAAAAUGGGACGGUGAGUGGCCCAGUCAGCAUGUCAGUGGUGGCCUGCAGUGACCCUAGUGAGGGCGAGUCAGCCACUACGGGGCCAGAGCCGGGCCAGGGCACGCGGGAACACCUGUCUUCCAUCGUCAAGCAGGUCUCUCAAAGCCGCCUUAUCACCCUCCGCAGCAAGAAGAACGGCCUUAGCAUGAGCCUCGGCACUCAGGAUGGAGAUGAGGGGGCCCAGGCUGUACCUAACGGAGUACCUGAGACCGCAGAGGAGAAGCCAACAGCAGCAACAGCAGCAGCAGCAGCGGAAACACAGGAGGAGCCCACACCGGAACAGAGCAAAGCAGAGGAGGAGACCGGUGAGAAGCCUGACAAGGACGAGCCGGCCACUGAACCAGCCGCCGAACCAGCCGCCGAACCAGCCGCCGAACCAGCGACCAGCGACAGCCAGGGCAACGACACAAUCAAAGCAGAGGAGAAGACACCGGACACUGCCACCACCAGCAACAAAGAUGGCGAUGAGAAGGAAGAUAAAGAAAAGAAAGAAGAAGGGGCAAAGAAUGUGGAGGAUCAGGCAAAAGCUGACGACACUGGAAAUGCCCAGAAGGUGACAGAGAAUGGAGAGAAAGAGGAGGCUGAGAAGAAGGAGGAGAAGAAAGAGGGAGCAGAGAAGAAGGACAAAGAGCAGGAGAAGGAAAUGGUGAUGGAAAACGGAGAGAAGGAAAAAGAAGAGAAACCGGAGGAGGUGACUAAAAAUGGAGAGAAAGAGAAUGGUAAAGAGGAGGAGGAGGAGAAGCAGAAGGAGAAGGAGAAGGAGAAGGAGAAAAAGGAUGAUGUGAAGGAGAAGAUUAAUGGAGGAGAGAAAUCAAAGGAUAGUGACGGAGGAGAAGGAAAGAGUGAUGCAAAGGAGAAUGGAGAGGUGGAAGAGGAGGAGGAAGUGGCGGCCAGCCCAGAGUCUGAGGUGUCCAUAGGCAGUGACUCAGGACAGACAGAUGGGAAGAAAGAGAAGAAAUGAGAAGAGAGAGAUAGCUAGA